UUAAAUGGCAUAAAGGAAAUAAUAAUGAUAAAUCUUUAUUGCACAAAUUGUGGUUACAUUAAAAGGUCAUAAUAUAAGCUUACAGCUCUGCACAAUUUACCUACAUAGGCAUGCAAUAGGGUACUUAGUACUACUUAGCUAAAUAAUAAGCUUAAUUGGUAAAUAUAAUGCGGUCCAGAGUCAUUUGUUGGUUUGAACAACAAUAUUGCGGUUUUAAGAUAAUUGCUGUACAAGCACCUAAUAUGUACCUAUUUUAACAAUGCUCUAUUUAAUUAACGUCAUAUGAAAGUCCUUCAUAUGUAAACAUUGAUAUUUAUUUUUUUAUACCUAAUUCCAUCUGAAGUACCGUCAAUAACCUACGCAAGUUCAAAUGACGAUAUAAUUUUAAAUCGCAUUAAAUAGCCAUUAAGUUCAUCUUUCAGCAUAACAACUAUAAAGUACCCAUGAAAUUCACGAUAUGUGAUAAUACUUUAUGUAGUGAUUAUGAAACACCACUUGUAAAUUAUAGAAUAAUACCACGUAAACGUGACCGAGGAAGGUAGGUAUAUAUCCACCUCUUGCUCUCACGAGCGGGGUAAUCAAUAUUCUGGUUACGUGGCAACUGCACUUAUUCGAGAAUAUUCGAGAUGGACAAAUUACCUGUACACCUACAUACUAUAGAGCACUGUUGAUAGCUAGCUACAGUGCAUCUGCGCCGUCGGGAUCAAUAGAGCUGAUUGAAGCUCGCCCCCGGACGCGGGUCCUUUGCGCAUGCGUUAAAUCCGAGGGUUCCUGUUUAGGGAUGGGAGAUGCCGACGCGUGUCGAUAUCGAUAAAAAAUAAAUUUAAUCAUAUUUAGAUGUGUGUUCUGUAAUUUAAGUAAUUUGUAGGUAAAUAAGGUGAAGUAGUAUUUUUGAUGUAUUUUAUUGCGGUUCUUAUUUUUAUUGUGCCUGGCAGCCGUCGUUAGUUCGACAUUGCGACUGUUCAUCUACCUAAUCCAUGCUCGUUCAUAUUUAUUUCGUCACAUUAUUUAUGUUUGGACCUUAGAAAUAAUUGUUACAAUUAAAUAUCUAACAUUCGCAAAUACUGUCAGAAAUUAUUCUGAAUAGAUAUAAGGAUCAUCUAUGCUACUGCGCGACUUGUUACUUAUUUUAUGAGCUGAGCCUAGUUUUAAUGUAUAUCAGUGUCGAAUUUUAUAUUCCUAAACCUCAGGUGACAUUAGACAUGAUGGAAUUUUAGGGAAAAUUUACACAAAACAGACUACAUGAAAGUUUUAUUUUCAUUUUUAAAUAUUUUGUUACCAGCACGGAGGGUGUCAUUGCAUUGUCAUUGGUUUUUUUUUAACGAAUAACCGACUAGCAAAUAGGCGAAAUAUAUUAAUAUUAUGUUUAAAAGUAAAAGCUCAUUCCUCAAGCCGAGUUCCUUUUUUUUGUAUAUCGAAGUUUGUCCUCAUCAAUUUAACGUAGUAUCGAUAAAUGCCAAUCAUCCCUAGUGCAAUUUUGCGUGUUAGUCGUCCAUUGCAAUCUCGCUUGCAUAGUUGCUGUGUUAAAUCUCGAAGUAAAAUUAAUGAGCAUAUUGUAUCAAAAAAACGAGUGAAAAUGGCGCAAAUAUUAGAGGAACAAGUAGAAAGUUCAGAUUCCAAUAGUGACUGUGAGCCCCCAACGGUGUAUCAUUACUACAGCCACGCUCAAGAGCUGCAAAUACCAGCUAAGUUCCCUCGGUACAACUGGGUACUCCUGAGCAGAUACGACACCCUCGAACUAGCCCUGGAUAAUAUACGUAAAGAAGAUACGUGGGACGAAGACCAUACGUAUGAUUGGGAAGAUGACAAAAUGUACUUUAAAUGCACCCAGGGAAACUGUCCCUGUAAGAGGUAUGUACUGGUCGAGUACGAAACCACGCUCGUGUCCAUGUACAGAACUGAAACGCAGCAUGACCAUAAAAACCGAAAGGUCUCCGAAGAUUUCGAUAAGCGCGUGUUAAAAGAAAUAAAAAAAUGUUUGAAGAUGGACAUGCUGGAACCAAGUGUGAUCGUUUCAGCCCUUUCGGAGAUGGAGAACAUCGUGACGCCCUCUGAGGAUGAAGUGGUUGAUUACAUAUCCUACAUAAAUAAGAAGAAAAUUAAACGCCAGUGCUUCGACCCGGAGGAUUUGAGAAUGUUUCUCAUAAGAUAUUCGAGGAUUCCAGACGAUAACCACGAACCCUUCGUGAUUGACUAUGAAUUGAAUCCACUCGGGCUGCCACUGUUUUUCCGAAUGGUAUUAUCGACAAAGUAUUUGUUGAAUUUUGCUGCUUCAGCGAAUAUUAUACACGCGAGCGCUCAUUAUAGAUUAACAUGGCAGGGUUUCCCUGUCGUUGUUGUUGGCACCUCAGAUAGGGACAAACAAUUUCAUCCUAUUUGCCUAUUCGUCACUUCGAAUGAAUAUGAGACGAAAGAAGAUUACAAAUUGAUUUUCGGAUGUCUAAGACAAAAAAUUCCAUAUUACUUCAGGAAAAGGUUUAAUCCUAAAUUCUUGGUUAACGAUGCAUCCGAUAGUAUUCAAAGAGCAUUCCAAGAGACGUUCACUAGUGGCAAGAUUCGCAUCUGCUGGGGCUUUGCUAGAAAAGUUAUAAAAUCUCAUGCCAAAUUGGUUGUGGAUAAACCAACUCAAAAAGAGAUGUUCGCGGAUUUAGAAAUGCUACAUACAAUAACCAGAAAAGGAGCAUUCAAUGCCGGCAUGUACUUUUUCAUGAAGAAAUACCAAGAAUAUACUGACUUCAUUGACUACUUGAAUGAGGAAUGGAUAUUGAAGAAUCGGAAUUGGUAUUUGGGUGCUGUGCCCGGCACUCCUCCGACAAAUUCAACCUUUAAUCAAUAUAUUAGAGAAUUACGGGCGAAAAAAGUAAUAAACGAUGAUCAAAAUUUAGUUAACUUCCUGUUAACAUCAUCAAAACUUGUUAACGAGUGGUCGACGAGAUAUUCACGAGAUAAGAAUUUUGUAUUUGUUACGGAAACCACUAUUGAUCUUGCGCUUUGGGCAAACUCGUUCUGUUGGUCUAGACACCCGAAGGAAUUGGUGAUGGUGAGGCAAAAUGAUCGCUACCUCUACUACCAAGUACCGGUAGGCGACAGAAACUCUUGUAAGAGGUUUACUUAUCCACCGACAAAUUUAAAAGAAUUCAAGAACCAGUACAUGAGCAACUGGCACGUAGUUAUGCCGGUGAUUAAAUCGCAUUGGCAGUAUGGCAAGUGCAACUGCCCAAAAUUUUUCAAGAAUUACAUGUGCCCUCACGUGGUGGGCAUGGCUCUUCGUUUGAAGUUUGCCACAGUACCGGCAAAAGCAAAAGCAUUGGCUUAUAAGGAAAGGCCUCAAAGAAUGAAGGCGUAUAUGCUGAAGUUGCGAGAUGCAGUAGAGUCAGACUAAGGUACUACACCUUUCCUGCAGUCUCUUUAAGGAGGAUUGUUGUGACUGAUGCGAAACUGGGCAAAGUCUUGCAUGUGAUAAGUUUUGCUAAAAGAGCUCAUAUCAUUCACUUUGGCUCCGUUUACAGGUAUAAGAGAUUAAAGUCUGUUUUUGCCCGAGAUUGCAGGUGUUGCUCUUAUUGUUACGCAACAUAUAUUAAGACAUGCAUUCAAAAUUAUCGGUGUCAUAAUAUCUUAUAAUUAAAUUUUGUAACUCCUAAAAAAGAUGGUAGCAGUUCACAAUGCUCUUUUCAAUCUAUUUCAAGGCAUAGCCCUGCUCAUAUCUAAAUGUUCUUUAUUUUUAUAAGUAUAACAUUUGUGACAAAAUUGAGGAUUUAUGUAGAUUUGAUUUUAUAACUAUUUUUGUCCUAUUGUCUGGCAUUAUUACUGUAUAUUUCCUGUGAAUCUACAAACAUGAAAAGUAUGAUUAAUUUAUUCUUAAAAAAUAUACAAUAUACUCAUCUUAAAGUAGACUUACAAGUGUCAAAUCUAUUGUAAUACUUGUUUCUUAAGCAUAUACAAUGUGUAGGCCUAAUCAUAUAUGAAAAAAUAAACAUUAGAAUAGGUAUUAAAUGUUCAUCAUAUUCAUCAAAAUUAAUUCAUUAAUAAACGUGAUUACUUCUUUAAGCAUUAUAAAUGUUGUAGAAAAAAAAUACUCUGUGUUAGCAAGUGAUAAGGUUAUGGUAUAGUAUGUCAACCACCGCCUUUUAAAGAGUGACGUUGUUCUAAACCGCGUACUUUACUGUAUUUCCGAAGCUAAAGCAAUUUAUAUUAAAGGGCAGUGGCUGGCGCACUGGGUGAGGAUUUGAAAAGGCUUGACCACUGGUCAGUGGUAUGGGACGUAAAAGGUAGUUUUACUCGGGGUCGCUUUCUUGCACCCAUUUCGUAAUUAUUAUAAAUGUAUACCCAGCCUUCAAAGGCAAUGUAUGUUUUCGAAACUUACAAUAAAUAUUAUGUGUAUCA